ACUUACGCAUGCUUCUAAUAGUGUGUGUCACGAAUACUGUCUACUGUCAGAGUCUCAAGAAUUCCGAACAUCUCAGAGAUGAAUGGGAGACAAUAGCCACCGGCUCUCCUUUCACAACCCUACUAUCUCACAAAGAACAAGGAUCACCCUCUGUGUCACCUAACAAAGCCGAAUCAUCCUGCACCACUCGCUGUACUGCGACGCAUGACACU